CGUUGAGCUUUUUUUUAUUUUAUUUUUUAUGUAAGAUGCUGACGUGAUUGUCAGGAACCAAUCAGGAACUCUUAGACUGUUUCCAGAAACUCGCGAGACCCGAGAUUAUCGCUAAUUAAUCACAGAUAUAUUUGAAAAGGAAGCGCGAAGAGGCAACAACGUUAUUUGAAAGUUUAUAAGUUUUUGUUAUUGUUUGAUCAUCAUGUACGCUCUUAUAGUUUGGGUUAAUGAUGAUCCCAUCCAGGGAAGUGUUGUUAAAAUGACUUCAAUCGUAGAGCCAAGACUACCAUUAGAUCAAUACAAGGAAGGUCAGGAGGUGAAGGCACGAUGUCAAGGCUAUGGCAUUUUUACUGGUGUGAUAGGGAAGAUUGCAGAUCAUUUGGGAAGAAAAGACUUGAUGGGAAUUUUGGCUGAUGACAGAUUUUCAUCACUUGUGGAUAAAAUCUUAAAGGAGAGAGAAGUUUCUACUCCCGUCGGCAAUGAAGAGAAAAACCAAACUCCUGAAAGUGGUAUGCCCCCUGCUAAUAAAGAGACUGGGAAGAAGAAGAAAAAUAAGGAAGAUAAAAAUGCUGCAAAAAAAGAUAGGGUUGAGCUUGAACGUGCAGCAAAUGAAUUGGAGCUGACUGAGCUCCAAGCAUCAUUGUGUACACAAAGACAACCGGCCAAAGACAUGACAGAGCUCCAAGAACCAUCACAGAGGCAACCAGAAAAAGGCAUGGGUACCUAUGAUGAUGACCAAAAAACCCCAACCAAUUUGGAGGACAGAAUAUCAUUGCCGAGCUUAUCAUCAACAUUAAGACAGUCCUUAGAUGUUAUGCAUGGUACUGGGUCCCCUGAGAAAGCUCCUGCUAAUCAAGAACAGCCUGCCAAAACUCAGCCAAUCAGUGUUCCUGCAGUGAACGGCUAUGUAGAACAGCAAAUUAAUGCGUUGAGGCAGGAGCUAUACCAGGCAAAUGCUAGGAUUGCCCAUCUAGAGACUAGCUAUACAUGGCUUUGGAACUAUGUGCAACAGAUGCAGUGUAAUGUUCCUGUUCCAUCCGAAACCGCUGGCCAUAAACAAAAUUUAGAAAAAGAACAGUUGUCUGCCAGUUGCAGCAGCAAUCCUGAUUUUCAAAUAUCUACACAAGAUAAUCAUUCAGACAUAAAUACCUCUGUUGAAAAAAUGAUUGGCGGUUAUACCAUGGACCAACUGCAGAGCAAGGUUAUUGGCAUUACCAGCUACAGUAAGAUGGCCAUCGUUUUAUUCCGCUUUUUGUAUAAAGAGGAAGAAUAUGCCGGAAAGUCGUUGACAGGGAAAGCGUCAAAAAGCGGCGAAAAAAGGCCCCCUGUUGACCAAGAAAAGUUGACAGGAAUUUACGAUAUCAUCCAAAGGAAUUUUCCACAUGUCACACCAGUGAUGGUCAGGGAAAAGCUGCGUGACAUUGUCAAGCCAUCUCGUGCCAACAAAACAGCGAAAAAAUAAAUCUGUGUUCAAAAUAAACUUUGGCCGUUUUAACAAUUCAGAACAAUAUCAAUGAGAACAUUUGAGAACUUGUUUGUCUUCAUAUAUGGUGUAAAUAAAUCUUUAAUGUGUCAUAAUUUUACAGCCUUGUUAAUUCAAAAUCAUUGUUACACUAGUGCAACUCCCAAGUAAAAAAGAUUGUGUGCAACCUUUUUUUUACAGACUUUUUAAACAGGUAUCUACGCAAGAGGGAUAUCAUGGACAUUGACCAUGGAUGUCAUAAAAGAUUCCUCAAAAUUGGUAUUACAUGGAUAGAAUGGACAUUGUCCAUGGAAAGAAUGGACAUUGUCCAUGACAAGAAUGGACAAUGUCCAUGGUAAAAAUGGACAUUGUCCAUGGUAAGAAUGGACAUUGUCCAUGGACAUCAUGGACAUUGUCCAUGGGUAUCAUGGACAAUGGACAUGGACAGCAUGGACAUGGAUAGCAUGGACACUGUCCAGGGAUUUAAAGAAUUGUCCAUGGACAAGUGUUUCAAUACUCCAUGGACACUGUCCAUGCUUAUAUCCAUGGAAAUCCAUGGACAUUCUGUA